GGGUCGCUCAGUUCUUUCCCGCCAUGUCGUUUGUGGACGGUGCGAGGUCUACGGCCGCGCGAAGUCGCCGCCAGGUUACCCCAGGCCCUGGGACUCGGCCCGUGUCUUCCGAUUUCACUCACGGGGAUAGCUGGGGUGAGGGCGAAGUCGACGAAGACGAGGGAUGCGACCGAGUGGCCCGCGACUUGCGGGCAGAGUUCUCGGCCGGGGCGUUGUCGGAGCCCAAGAGGGCCUUGCUAUUCCCUCGGGUCGGGGACGGGUCGCCGGUCCUGCGGGAUAAGCGCAACGGCAUCUUCCCGGCCGCUGCGGCCAGCCGAACGCCGGCUCGACGGUGGCCCAUCCAAGUCCUUUCCAUUCUCUGUUCGCUGCUGUUUGCCGCCCUCCUUGCUUUCCUCCUCGCCAUCGCCUACCUGAUCGUUAAAGAAUUGCAUGCAGAACAUUUGAAAAAUGAAGAUGAUAUAGAUACUGGGAUGUUAGGAUUCUGGUCUCUGCUGAUAAUAUCUCUAACUGCUGGAUUCUCCUGUUGCAGCUUCUCUUGGACAGUAACUUAUUUUGAUUCUUUUGAGCCAGGAAUGUUUCCGCCUACUCCUCUUUCACCUGCUAGGUUCAGGAAGCUGACUGGACAUUCUUUCCACAUGGGCUAUAGCAUGGCAAUUUUGAAUGGCAUCGUAGCUGCUCUCACUGUGGCAUGGUGCCUCAUGUAAUCCCACAAUAGAGCAGUAUUGUUGGUGAAAGUCAUGAUUGUUUUAGUAACAGGAACGAAUAUUGCCUACUCAGAAGACUGUGAGAUGCGAUUCAGAUACGUACCAUCAUCGUUGUGGAAGGUCUUGU